GGACGGAGAGAGAGCAAGAGCAAGCGGGGUGGGUGGGGGGUAAAUAUCUCACUGUUUCUUGGUUUGUUCUUUUGUUAAGAUCCAUGAUAAAAUGAAAGAUGUGUACAUAAAUAUCUGGUGCAACUGAUAAGAUAAGAUGGGGAACAUCUUAUCAGUGUAAAAUAGAGAUGGAUGGAUGGCUGGAGGAGGGAAGAGGGCAGAGGUCAGGCAUAGAUGGGUAUUGCUGGUAAGCAGCAGUCGCAACCGAGAGAAGUGGAUCGUCCCUGGAGGGGGGCUUGAACCCGAAGAGGAGCCUGGAGUUGCUGCGGUUCGAGAGGUGUAUGAAGAGGCUGGAGUAAGAGGCACUUUAGGAAGGUUGUUAGGGGUGUUUGAGAACCAUGACAAGCACCACCGGACAAACGUCUACACCCUGACGGUGACAGAGGUGCUGGAGCAAUGGGAAGACUCUGAGAAUAUUGGAAGGAAGAGGGAAUGGUUCAAGGUCGAAGAUGCCAUUCGAGUUCUGCAGUGCCACAAACCAGUGCAGGCGUCAUACCUGCAGACCCUCCUUCAGAACUACCCAGUCAGCAACGGGACAGUUGCGGAGGACAGGACAACCUCGUACUCUCGGCCCUCAUCCAGUGGUGCUGAUAUCAGAUGAUGGGGGCACCCUGAGAGUGGUGCAUGCUGAGCCAGGCAUACACAGAGCCUGCAGAGUCGCAAGAAGUCCCUCUGUUUUUCCAGUUCUCAUUCACGUUAAUUUUAUAGCACACAGAUGCCACGUGUGGGAUAUGACUGGAUGAGUCAGUACAGUACCAGUGUGUAAAUAAGGGCUCACAUGAAGUGUCAAGAACCAACUGCAGCUUCACGAUCACAAUGGCACAUUCAUCGCAAGUCUUGAUAAACAUAGCUAUUCAGUAACACUGCCAUCACACUGGGCACCGCUGCAAAUGAGUUAAAAUCUUGCAUUCGAUGGUGUGAGGCCAAUAAUAAGUCUCACUGAGCUAUGGUUUCAGAGGAGAGAAGUGAAGGUGCCGGUAGUUGGCUUGUUUGUUCAUAGUGACUUGUACUGAUGUGUGCUGGAAGAUCUUCGACCAUAGAUAGUCGCAUGCACAUCUAAACCUUCGCCAGUGUGAAUACGGGUCUAGUUUUGUCCCUGUGGUGUUCCAGUGAGUGACUGAGCUGGUGGAGAUUUUCCCUCAGAAAAACCAUGCUUUGCCACCAACCAUGUGGAUGAUUCAGGGAUCUUUGAGGUCAUCUGUGCUGGCCUGUCCUGAGAUGGCUGAUGUGUUCUCAUUGCAACCAGCUGGUUCUCUGGCUCAAGUUCAUUCUCUGAAGGAAUAACAGGUCACACAAUAGCAAGGCAU